UGGAAUGUGAAUCCUGAAAUUUAGCUAGAUACCAAACCCAACCCCCCAUCCAAAACUAAGCCAAAAAAGUGUAAGAACCAAACUACUCCUAAUCUCAUCGCUGGUUUUAUCCAUCAGCUCACCCUUCACGUGAUCCAAACAACCAAGAAACACGGCCCAUAAGAGAGAAUAAAAAAGUACCCUCAUAAGGAGGGACCCCUUCUUUGUUUCCCUAAACAAAAAGGGCAUAAAAAAUGAGAAUGAUGGUGACCAAGAAAUUGGACGGCCAGGAUGGGCCGUGGCCCGUAUCGAACUGGAGGGAAUCAACGGCCAGUGGCAUGUUCUCUUGAUCGGGGCUGCAUUUUGAUUCGUGUGGGCGCGCGCGCUGUACAUGAUUGCCCGCAAAACGGCCGAAACGGUAGGCAUGUAUGCCUUUUUAUUCUUAGCGUCCUUAAUGCAGCAAGGGAAUAAACAAAUCAAUGCAAUGCAAUACAAAAUGGAAUGAUCAUAACAAAAUAAACUCAGCUAGCUUAAAAGGAAGUAUCCGAGGCAGCCAUGGUUACCGCAGAUCCUCCAACGAGACUUCAGGGAAAGUAUACAGCAAUAGCAGUGUGUUGGCUUCUUGGAAAUGGAUGUCUUUUCUCAUGGAACAGUAUGCUCACAAUAACAGAUUACUACUCUAUCUUGUUUCCGAGAUAUCACCCCUCAAGAGUUCUUACUCUUGUAUACCAGCCAUUUGCAGUUGGAACGAUUGCAACACUUGCCUACAACGAAGAAAGAAUAAACACAAGAUUUCGGAACCUAUUUGGAUACAUUCUUUUCUUCGCAGCCACUCUUUUGGUGUUAGUUAUAGAUUUAGCAACAUCUGGUAGAGGAGGAAUUGGAACUUUCAUUGGUAUAUGUGCAGUAGGUGGUGCAUUUGGAAUAGCAGAUGCUCAUGUCCAAGGUGGAAUGGUGGGAGACCUUUCAUAUAUGCAUCCUGAAUUGCUUCAGUCUUUCCUUGCUGGUGGAGCAGCAUCGGGUGCAUUAACUUCUGCUUUGAGGUUAGUUACAAAAGCUGCAUUUGAGAACUCCAAAGAUGGUCUUCGCAAAGGAGCACUUCUGUUCUUUGCCAUAACAACAUUCUUUGAGCUUCUUUGUGUCAUUCUCUAUGCAUUUGUGUUUCCCAAAGUACCAAUUGUGAAGUAUUACCGAUCAAAAGCAGCAUCAGAAGGAGCAAAAACUGUUUCAGCUGAUCUUGCAGCCGCUGGCAUCCAGACCUCAUCUGACAAUGAAGAUGUAAAGAAACAAGAGCGGAAAGGAAAGAAGCAAUUGUUAAUGGAGAACAUUGAUUAUGCAAUUGAUUUGUUCCUCAUAUAUUCUCUAACACUGUCUAUCUUCCCUGGAUUCUUGUCAGAAGACACUGGAAAACAUAGUUUGGGCGAUUGGUAUGCUCUUGUUUUGAUUGCCAUGUACAAUGGGUUUGACUUAAUCGGAAGAUACAUUCCCCUAGUGAAAUGCAUUAAAAUGGAGUCUCGAAAGUUGCUCACAACAACAAUAAUUAGUCGUAUCUUACUUAUACCGGCAUUUUAUUUCACUUCAAAGUAUGGUGACCAAGGUUGGAUGAUGUUGUUGACAUCUUUCUUGGGAUUAUCAAAUGGUUAUCUCACUGUCUGUGUUCUUACUAGUGCACCCAAAGGUUACAAGGGACCAGAGCAAAAUGCCUUGGGAAACAUAUUGGUGUUGUUUCUUCUUGCAGGCAUUUUUGCUGGGGUAACACUUGAUUGGUUGUGGUUAAUAGGUAAAGGGUGGUGAGAUUUUCACUAUGCCAACUAGGGAAAUUGUCAAGCCAUUAUUAAUUUAUUAAAUAAGACUCAU